CCUGUCCUUUCUCUUACAUUUCAAGUAUUGAAUCAAACCAUAAAUGAAACCGGUCCCUCCAUCAAAAUCACUUUAAUUGGAGCGUGUUGCUUACACUGAACUGUCCUGCGUUUGGAAUGUGGCUAUGCUUUUAUUUUGUUCUUGCCUUCUAUAUGUGCAACUUUAACUAGGACUCUUUGUCCGCUGGCAACUCUCUUCUCUUCUUUUCUCUUCUCACUCUCUAAUUUUGUGAGUGACAAUGGAAGCUGGACUUCCAAUGCUUAACUGUCUCUUGCAGCACACGCUACGGAGCUUGUGUUCAUAUUCAGAUUCUUCUUCUUCUUCUUCUUCAUCAAAGUGGGUUUAUGCAGUGUUUUGGAGGAUACUGCCUCGAAAUUAUCCACCACCAAAGUGGGAUUAUGGAGGGAGUGCACUUGAUCGUUCCAAAGGAAACAAAAGAAACUGGAUUCUUGUAUGGGAAGAUGGGUUUUGUGAUUUCCAUGAAUGUGAGCGUGCUGGAAGUGGUUAUGUAAAGGGAAGGUUUGGAGCUGAUAUUUUCUUCAAAAUGUCACAUGAAGUUUAUAACUAUGGAGAAGGAUUAGUAGGGAAAAUUGCAGCAGAUAACAGUCACAAAUGGGUGCAUAAAGAAAUCCCAAAUGAAAAUGAUCCAGGCUUCAUCUCCUCCUGGAAUAUGUCUAUUGAACCUCAGCCAAAGGCAUGGACAUCACAGUUCAAUUCAGGCAUUCAGACAAUUGCCAUCAUUUCUGUCAGAGAAGGGAUCAUUCAACUUGGUUCAUUGGACAAGAUGGUGGAAGAUCUUAAUCUGGUGAUCAGCGUACAGAGGAAAUUCAGCUAUCUCCAGAGUAUACCUGGUGUAUUCGCCAUUCAAAGACCAUACUUGCCGAUUCAACAUCCGUACGCCCUUAAACCAAAUAACCAGAUGCCUGAACACCAUGAAACAACAACCAUCUGUCAUGAUGACAAACGCCAGUUUGGCGGAACAAAAAGAUUGAUCGAAGAAAGACCCGAGGAUUCUCCAAUCAAGUCCAUCAACUUAGGUUGGAACAGCCCACAAAAUGGCAUUAUAGGACCACCCUUUUGGUCAAUUCCACCCCUUCUUCCUACUGUGUCUUGCAGUCUUGGAGCUUUGUUAUCCAAGCUGCCUUCUGUCAUCCCAUCUUAUAGCGUUAGCGAACCUCCUGAAAUAAACAUCAUCAACCAGACCAACAAUACAAACCAAAGAGGAAAGGCCGAUAAUGGAGGUUCGUUAGGUGAAGUUCCCAUUGCUGAGACAAAAAUAGAAGCUUCAAAUCAAUUGGAAGCUGCUGAUGAGGAGAAGCCAAGAACUGUAAAAGCUAAUUUAGUGCUACAAGAUGAUGCUGUAGUAGAACUAGGAUUUGGACCUCUCAAAGACUGAUGAGGAAAAAACAUUCUAAAGCUUUAAGUAAUUAGGAUAAUCAACUAUAUUACUAUCAAAAGAUAUGAUUGGUCUUCUUUUUGCUCACUUAGCUGUUUUUGCACCCCUUUCAUGUGCCCAUGUCUAUAAAAUAUUAGAAAUACUUAAUAAAAUGUAAUAAGCUGGCUGAUUAUAUUGUAUAGACUUACCAACUAACUCAGUAUGAUUUUCCAUUAGUUUACUACUAAAAACAACCCUUAUACACACGAAUGUGCAGUUGCAGGGUCAGGGUGAUGAAGUUGAUGAUAAUGGUGUUUAUCCAAGCAAACCGAGAUUUAAGAAGCAGAAGAAGAAGAAAAGAGAGGAACGAAAAGCAAGGAAGUGAUAUGAAAGAAGUUAAACAAAACAAGAUUGAGCUUUUAGAUCUAAAAAGCGAGCUUAGGAGUUAAUAUAAUUUUCCGAACGUAUAGCUUUCGAUUGUGUGCUUUCAUAAUCAAGACAGAUAUUAUAUGGGUUAUGCCAAUUGCUGAAGGCAACGCCUCUCACAAUAAGGGCAUGGGUGGGGUUCAGCCACAAUGGUCUAAUCCUUGUCCCUUCCAGCAAUGGUCCCCUAGAAAUAUCAAAUGACGAUGGAUAAUUGAGUUGGGGUUGGAAUUGAGUUGUGUACGACAUUUGGUGUCUGGCCCCUCCUCCCACCCGACACAGUGGAUGGUCCCCAAUCCCCUUUGCUUUUUCAAUAUUUUGGGUCUUAUUAUAUAACUCUUAGGAAAAAUGAGUUGUGAUUUAUGUUGCAAAGGGUCCCUUUUUAGUAGGUAAGAUAGUAACUUAGUCUUAAAACACCAUUAUUUUGAGUCAAGAAAAACGUUCAGAGAUUGCCUCCACUAAUUGCAGACUACAUUUUUUGAGGUUUUGCUAGCAGCCCUCUUAAUCUUCGAUUCCAUUUGUGUGAUAAAAUGGAAGAGUUGAAAUGACCUCCUCGCUUGAUUAAAGGGCUGUACCAUCAUCUACAAUGGAGACAAGUUGAUUGUGAGGAUUCUAGCUAUAGUUGAUUGUGCUCUAGGCUUUAGAUUUUUAUUUUUAUUUUUAUGUUGGUUGGCAUUUGAUUUUGUCCUUUUAUCAACACGGUUGUGAAAUUGGAAUGUUCAUGUUCAUGAUGUCCUUGUUCAGAGUUCAGACCUUUUCUGAGUCUGCAGCAAAUGUGAACAAUCAGUUACAAUAA